AUGGGGGCCACAACCCCUUCUCCCACUAUUGUGUUGUACGACAUUGACAUGCGUCCUCCGUGCGCACCGAAUCCCUGGAAGGCCCGGUACGCACUUAAUUUCAAAGGUGUUUCUUACUCAACGACAUGGGUGGACAUGCCAGAUAUUACCAAAACUCGCUGUGAUCUUGGCGUGCCAGCCUCACGCAAGUUUGCCGAUGGCACGGAUUACCACACUUUACCGGUUAUGACAGACUCAAAACAUGGCUCUAAAAUCGGAGACUCGUUCGAUAUUGCAGUCUACCUUCAAAGUGUGUAUCCGAAAACUGGCGCGGGGAAUCUUUUCCCUCAGCAAACGCUGGACUAUGUCUACACGAAGGACCUCGCGGUGUUUGCGCCAUUGUCUGAGUUCAAUGAAAAGGAAUAUGCUGAGUACGCUCGGUUUAACAUGAACGUUGACGCAGCCCUCAGCACACACGUUCUGCUCAUGGUACAUGGUCUCCCAUUUAAUCCUGAUACGACCGAGAAAACGAGGGCAGAAUUCGUUCGACGCUCAGGGGUGGCAUCUUGGGACGAUCUAACCGUAGGCGGCGAAAAACGAGAGGAAUUGAAAGUAUCUCUUCAUGAUACACUGGGUGGACUGGCCAAGCUUUUUCGAAAGGAUAAUACGGGUCCAUUCUUGCUUGGGCAGCAGGCUAGUUAUGCCGAUAUCAUUGUUGGCGCAUGGUUGCGGAUGAUGCAUGGGACGCUGCCGGCACAUGAGUGGAAAGAGGCAAAAACUUGGCAUGAAGGUGUAUUUGGAAAGUUACAUGAUGCGCUGGAGAAAUAUGCCCUGGUCAACUAA